CCUGCGCGGCUCGGCCGGCCUUCCGUGCACCCUACCUUUACCCCUGACCUCGCACACCGGCUGCUCUCGCCUUGGAGGCCCCGGCGGGGCUCCCCGAUGGGCCCUCUCGCGGUGGCCGCCAUGGGCCUCCCCUCGCUGGCGGCCCCGCUCCUGGCGGCCCUGGCGGCGGGGGCGAGCGGCCUGGAGACCGCGAAGCGGAGUCGCAGCCUGCCCGCGCUGCCCGGCUGCUACAUGUGGCAGCCGAGCGGGUGCCCUCAGAGGCCCGCGAACGUGUCGCACCCCUUCCUGUGGACACGUGACGUGGUUGGCGAGCUGGGGUUCGGCGCUGGGCGGGUCAGGAAAGUGUGCGAGUACUAUCGGAAGAUCUCCAUCGACAAGGAGUGCGGGACCGUGGACGUUACCAUGCUUUACGUCCCGGAUCAGAGGCGCGCUGGCAAAAAUGCGACCGGUGCGCCCAGCGCCGACUCGCACAGCUGA